AUGGGCACGGCCCAGCUGCUGGUGUACCUGCUCCCCGCCUGGGCGGUGCUUCCGGGGCGUGGCCGCUGGGGCCGCCUCAACAACGGGCGUGGCUACGGGGCGGGGCUGCUGGCGCUGCUGGGGGCGGGGUCUCUGGCCCCGCCCCGCCUGCGGGCGCUGGCCACGCCCCUGGGCCCGGCGGGGCUGCUGCUGGCGCUGCUGGCGCUGCAGGCGGGGUCCCUGCGCCACGCCCUGCUCCGCGACCCCGCCCACGCGCUGUGCCUGCCCCCCCGGCCCGGGGAGCCCCUCCUGCCCUGCGCCCCCCCCAACGCCUCCCGCGGUCCUCCCGGCCGGCAGGGGGCGCUGCCCGCCCUGCCCGGGCCCAGCGCGCGCCUCCUGGCACACCUGAGCGCGGUGCUGCUGCUGGGGGCCGGCGUGGAGGGACAGCUGCUGCGGGACAAGUUCGGUGUCACCCUGGGCGGUGUCCCCGUGGUGGCCGCUGUCUCCUGGCCCUGGCGCUGGCUGCCGCUGCUGGGCGCGGCGCUCUCUGCGGCGGGCGCGGGGCUGCAGGCGCUGCUCGGGGGGUCCCGCCUGCUGCGGGCGCUGGCGCGGACGCGGGCGCUGCCGCUGCCGCGCGCGCUGUCGCGGGGCCGCCGCUGGCCGCUGGCCGUCACGGUGCUGACGGCGGCCCUGGGGGUGCUGCUGGGCUCUCUGGACCUGCUGGCCCCGGUGCUCUCCGUGUUGUGCCUGACGUCGUACCUGGGGCUGAACCUGGCGUGCGCCCUGCAGGGGCUGCUGCCCACGGCCGGCUGGAGCCCGCGCUGGCCGCUCUACCACUGGUCGGUGUCCCUGGCGGGGGCCCUGCUCUGCCUGUCCCUGAUGUUUGUCACCUGCUGGCACUGUGCCCUGCUGGCCCUGGGCAUCGGCGCCACCGCCUACAAAUACCUGGAGUUCCGCAG